GUCUGCUCUUCUCCCUUCAGCAGAAGGCAUCACUUUGGUGGAGCUCGUGGGGACUCAUCAGCAAUGGUCUUCCCGGUGCUCAUCUUGUUCUCCACUUUCCUCUGCCAUGUUGCUAUUGCAGGACGGACCUGUCCCCGGCCAGAUGAACUACCGUUUGCUAUGGUUGUUCCAUUAAAAAACUCCUAUGACCCAGGGGAGCAGAUUGUGUACUCCUGCAAGCCAGGCUAUGUGUCCCGGGGAGGGAUGCGACGAUUCACCUGUCCCCUCACAGGAAUGUGGCCCAUCAACACCCUGAAAUGCAUACCCAGAGUGUGUCCCUUUGCUGGAAUCUUAGAAAAUGGAGCUGUACGUUACACAACGUUUGAGUAUCCCAACACCAUCAGUUUUACUUGUAAUCCUGGGUUUUAUCUGAACGGAACCAGUUCUGCCAUGUGCACUGAGGACGGAAAAUGGAGUCCUGAGCUUCCUGUCUGUUCACCCGUCACCUGCCCGCCUCCACUGGUUCCUAAGUUUGCAACCCUUAAGGCUUACAAGCCGUCUGCUGGGAAUAACUCUCUCUAUCGGGACACGGCAGUCUUUGAAUGCUUGCCACACCAUGCCAUGUUUGGAAAUAACACAGUUACGUGCACAGCCCAUGGAAACUGGACUGAAUUGCCAGAAUGCAGGGAAGUCAAAUGCCCUUUCCCCUCGAGGCCAGACAAUGGGUUUGUGAAUUAUCCUGCAAAGCCAGUUCUUCUUUAUAAGGAUAAAGCCACCUUUGGUUGCCAUGAUACAUACUCACUGGAUGGCCCAGAAGAAGUGGAGUGCACCAGGAUGGGGAACUGGUCCGCCCUGCCGAGCUGUAAAGCAUCCUGCCAAAUAUCGGUUAGGAAAGCCACGGUACUAUACCAUGGACAGAGAGUGAAGAUCCAGGAAGAGUUUAAGAAUGGGAUGAAGCAUGGUGACAAGGUUUCCUUCUACUGCAAAAACAAGGAGAAGAAGUGCAGCUACACUGAGGAGACUCAGUGCAUAGAUGGCACCAUCGAAAUCCCCAAAUGUUUCAAGGAGCACAGUUCUCUGGCUUUCUGGAAAACAGAUGCAUCAGAAGUGAAGCCGUGCUGAAGUCAUUUUCAGAAUCAAACCUGAAUAUCAUAUUUGUAUCUCUGCUCAUCUGAGAAAUCCAAGUGAAAAGGCAAAAUAAAGUUACUGAAUUGCCUCGA